AUGAAUACCGAUGAAUUGGAAGGAUAUUUCCUAUGGCACUGGGAGGAAAUAGUUGGAAAGUGCAUGAGGUCACCCGGUCUUGAUCCCGAUGAUCGGGAGCGGAUUCUCAAUGGCGGCGACUGGAAAGAUCUCCAGGCCAACCUUUCUUCCUCCGGCGAUUAUGCAGCAUCACUGCCUCCCCACAUGAUCCUUCAAAUUAAGCCGGAACUAGAGCAUAUCAGCACCUUCGCCAAGUUCUUCGAGACUCGCUUAGCUCCCAACCUAGAUUCCGGCUUCCUACGGGGCAUUAUCGGGAUCCUGGUACAGGCGACAUUUGGCAAUGAGGAGGCAGGGGUGCGAAUUCCUCGCAUGAUCCGGUCGAUCGCUUACAAGGCAGAAACCUUCAAUUCGUUAUGUGAGCAGUUCGGUCCGUCACAAGAGUUGGCUAACUCGGUCAAGGAAGCCUGCUUCAAGAUGCAGGUUCAAAUUGUGGAAUUUUUCGUGGAGGCAAUUGAAAUCAUCCGUGGCGAGCACUUGAAGUGCAAAGAGGAAGGUGUAAAUACGGAUGACCUGUGGGCCAUUCUUGAACUGCGGUACACCGAAAUGAAUCAAGAACUGUUGGAGAAUCUUCGGCGUGUGGAGAGGAGGGUCGAAACCGACGCGUUAUUGCGAAGCCAAGUCCUAUCCCCUGGAGACGACCUACAGUCUCUUGCGCAGGCUUUCCGCUGCUUGCUGCUACCGAAGGCCAAAACGCCCUUGUUUGAUCGUGUUGAUGUUUUCAAAAAGAUAGAUGAGGCCUUGGGGAAAGCGGACUCGCUGUUUUCAUCGGUGGCUUUAUAUGGCCUUGCCGGAGUUGGUAAGAGUGCGGUCGCUUCUACCUAUGUCGAAAGGUUGGCGGAAGAAAACCGGGUUGAUGUCGUUCUUUGGGCACACUCCGAAACAAGCGAAGCUCUCAGGCAGAGUUUCACGGAUAUUGCAAUGAAAUUGAAACUUCCGGAGGCCAAGCCACAAGAACCAGACAACAACCUACUACUUGUUCACGAUUGGCUUCUGACAACGGACUCGCGGUGGAUCGUCGUAUUCGACAAUGCCGAAUCGGAAAAGCUUCUGGCCCCGUACUGGCCAGGCGCAAGCCAUGGAAAAGCCAUCAUCACAACGAGAAAUCACAAGCUGGCGCUUAGACCCGCCAACCAAGGCUUCGAAAUCCGUUCAUGGGAUUCUCAUGAUGGUGCGAACUUUCUUCUGUUCCUUUUGAAGCAGAAUAUCGGCCGUGAUACCGAGGCAGAGACUAAAUCCGCGCUGCAACUCUCGGAGAUAUUGAGCGGGCACGCACUCGCUAUUCAACAUAUGGCAGGGCUCAUCCACGGUCGAUCAUUCUCAAUCACCGACUUCAUGAAUCACUAUCUGAAAAACCCCAGGCGCAUUCACAAACCGGGAGAGAAGAACCCUGCCAGGAGAUCCGAACUCGAAAUGCUGUGGGAGUACUCGUUUGAGUCGCUCAGAAAUACAAAAUCAACUCAAGAUAACAACCUUGCUCAUCUGGACUUUCUUUUUGACGAGUUUGACCUGGCCGACUCUGUUGAGAGUUUGCUUUCUUUGUCGCUUGUUCACAAAAAUCGCGACACGCGUGUCUUUUCGAUACACCGCAUGGUGCAACAGUACUUUAGGUACCAUCUCACUGCGGCAGAACGGCAGACCACCUUCGAUGAUGCGGUGGCAAUUGUGUAUCAGGCGUUCCCGAAACAGGAUAACAUGAAAGCCCAACUAUACGAACAAUGGACAGAAUGCAAUAGAUAUGUCCAACACGUUCUUUAUUUGAAGAGCCAUUUCCGCAUUGAGCGGAAGUUGAACCCGGAUUUUAAAGCGACAUGGCAAUUCUGCGAAUUACUCAAAGAGUGCCAAAGGUACAUGUACGAAUCGAAUGCGUUACAAGAUCUCCGAGAGCUUUGCGAGUGUAAUCUGAUUGCUGCCAACACACUAGACGAUGGAGAGAGGACGACUGACCUGGUUGCAGUGAUUUAUUCGCACCAAGCGAACUUGGAAGAGAGCCUAGGUAACCCAUUAAAGGCAAUUGAGCUAAAUAAGAAAGGUUAUGAGAUGCGACUCCGCGAAAGUGAAUUAAAGCAGGGCCUCCUUGCCGGCUUCGAGAGCAACCUGGGCUAUAAUUACAACACCGCUAAUGACCACAAGUCUGCCCUCCAGUGGUUUCACAAGGCCCGUGAUCGGUGGUAUCAGUGGAUGGCAGACCAGGGCAAAGAGCCGGAUUGGCCAACUCACAUGAAGGCAAACACAGCGCGGUGUCUCGUUUAUCUUGACAACCUCGCAGAGGCACGUCGGAUUCUGGAUGUAUGCAUCCCCGAGUUCAAGGUGGCAGCGCCGUUAAACUGGGGCAUGCUGGCCUAUGCCUACCACAUUCUCGGUACAUUAGAAAGACGCGAGUCGAAGGUCCAGGGUAGGAGUGGCAAUGCCAAACUAGGCGUUCAAAAGCUCGUGUUAGCCGAGGCCCAUUUCAUGGAGGCCCAGAAUAUCUGGCUCAAAGGAGACAAUUCUCGCCACCACCCAUUUAACGGAGGGUGCAUGCACGGAAUAGGUAUAUGCUGCCUGGAGCAGGGGAAGAUCGAAGCUGCUAUCAAACACUUGCGUGACUCGUGCGAAGUUACGAAGCGUUACAGUGAUACCAUGCCUAUAGAGCACGGGCGUUGUCUGUUCAAGCUGUCCGAGGCUCUGCUUCAAAGUGAGCAAGACGAUGACGAAGAGGCCAGGAGGCUGAGAUCUGAAGCGGAAGAACUUCUGAAGAAGAGAAGAUCAGACACAAGCCACAUAGUAGAUGCUUCGUUCGACGAUCUGAUUCCUAUAUUCUGGAGGGGCCCGGACUAUGAGUCUAAGCUGGAGGAGCUUCUCUAG